GUAAUUUUACGAUGCUUAUGAAUGAUUUAAUUUUAUCUGAUCAAAAAAUUGAGUAAAAAGACGGGGUGCUUUAUCAAGAUCCGACUAUUGGUAAAUAAAACUUAGAAUUUGUUAUUAUCAUACAUAAAUUUAAGUGUUGUGUUUGUAUACUCAAGAAAUCUCUUUAUAAAACAAAAAAAUAUUCGUCAACACGAGAAAGAUAUCUGUAUCUAAGUCCAGAAAGUAUUAUUGAUUAGAUGAUAGUUAAAAUUGAUAAGCACGCCCUUAUCAGUGUCAUCUCCUGGACUAAUAAACUCAGUUUUUUCAGUUUCAGUUUCAGUUUUUUCAGUUACUCGUGACAUUCUACUCUAGAACGUCAAUAAGAUAGUACGUUUGCUGGUCAACGUAUAAUUAUAUCAACUCGCUCUAAGCCAAGGACGUGUGUAAUCUGCCAUUAGUCAUUUUAAUAAUAUAGUGAAUAAUAAAUACUUGUUUGUCUAUCAAACUGUUUCUUGAGUUAUAAAAUAACUUGAAACAUUUAACCAGUUUGAAGAAAACUAUUGCUACUGGCUAGUGAUAAGUUUUAACUUGUCAUAAAUUUUAACGUCAGUUGAAGGAAAACUACUGCUAUUGGAUAACGAUAAUCGGGACGUUUACCAAAAAUGGGCUUUAAAUUAUUAGAAUUUUUAUUUGUUACUUAUUUUAUCACCCAUGCCGUGUCAAUGGAGUAUGAACUAAAAUUUGUCGCUGUGCUUUUCCGACACGGAGAUCGAACUCCAGAAAACAAUGAAAUUUAUCCGACGGACCCUUAUCUACACGAUGACUAUCACCCACUUGGUCGAGGACAAUUGACAAUUACCGGCAAGCAGCGUGAGUAUAAACUUGGCCAGGUUUUGCAUGACCUCUACAACGACUUCCUGGGUGAUAUUUAUUAUACAAAAGAUAUAUUCGCUCGAAGUACGAGUAUUGAUAGAACUCGCAUGUCUUUGCAACUUGUGCUUUCUGCAUUGUUUCCUCCAAAAGGUUCUCAAGUAUGGAAUGAAUCUUUGUGUUGGCAACCGAUUCUUACAUCUUAUGUUGAAGAAAAAGAUGAUACUCUUCUCAAACCUGAAUUGUGUCCCUUGUAUGUAGCAGAAUAUGAAAAACUCAAAAAAUCACCAGAACUAAAGAAGGAACUCGCUAAAUUCCGACCACUUAUGCAAAAUCUCACUCUUCAAGCUGGAAAAGAAAUAUCAACAACAAAUGAUUUAUUUUUGCUGUAUAAUGGAUUUAUGGCUCUGGCAGCGAUGAAUCGAUCACUCCCUAAAUGGUCUGAAGAAAUUUUUCCCCGUGGAUUACUCGUAGAUGGAGCUAAUCUCGAAUACAAAUCGCUGUUUUAUAAUGACAAUCUAAAAAGAUUAAGAAGCGGUAUGGUUCUUCGAAAUAUCACAAACACAAUGAAGGGUAUAGUUGAUGGAAAAUUAAAGACCCAUCAGAAAAUGACAAUUUUCAGUGGUCAUGAUGCAAAUGUAGCUUCUCUUCUUGCGAUCUUUAGUGAUUACAGUGCCCAUGUGCCUCGAUUUUCAAGCAGUGUUAAUGUUGAACUACUGCAUAAAAAUAAUAGUUACUUUGUCAGGGUACGCCAUUAUCUUGGGAUUCCGUCAUCGGUGGUCGAUUUGAAAGUACCAGGGUGCGACAUUAUUUGUCCAUUCAAUAGCUUCAUGAAGUUAAUGAAAAAAUUCAUACCUUCAGACGAAGAAGCUAAGUGCGACAACAAAAGUUUUACAAAUGAUUCUGAGAUUGUUAUAAACUACAAUUACAUAAAAAUAAUGAAAAUUAAUCUGUUUGUUUUUUUAUUUUUUUAUUUCAAUUCAUACAUAAAUUCGGCCAUUCCAGAAUCAUCAUUAGAAUAUAAACAUGUUACCGUCGUCUUUCGUCAUGGAGACAGAACACCCGAUAAUUCUGAGAUGUAUCCAAAUGAUCCAUACAAAAGUUAUGACUUCUCUCAAGACGGUUAUGGACAAUUAACCAGAGAAGGUAAGCGACGAGCUUAUAAACUAGGCCAACGUUUACGCACUCUCUACUACAACUUCCUAGGAGACUAUGAUCCAAAAUAUUUAGUAGCUCGUAGUACUGAUUAUGACAGAACGAAAACGUCUUUGCAAUUAGUCCUAGCUGGAUUGUUUCCUCCAAGCGAUUCACAGAUUUGGAAUGAGAAUUUGAAAUGGCAGCCAAUUCCUACGACUUAUGCCAAGAGAGCUGAUGAUUCUCUUCUAGUGCCGAUUCUAUGCCCCAGAUAUAUUGCAGAGUUGAAUAGAGUAAUAGAGCUUCCUGAAAUGAAAGAAGAAAUAGAAAAAUUUCGGUCACUUAUGCAGAAUCUCACUGUAAUUACUGGGAAAAAUUUAUCGACGCCUUUUGAUUUCUUGCUUCUUUAUAAUGUUCUGAUGGCUGAAUCAUCAAUGAGAUUACCGCUUGACAAAUGGGCGACUGACAUUUUCCCUCAUGGAUUAUUGCUCAAUGGAACUGUUUUGGAUUACGAAAUGAAAAAUUCUAAUGACGAUCUCAAAAGGUUGAGAGGCGGUAUGCUUCUAAGGAAUAUCACUGACACAAUGAUGGAUAUAAUUAAUGGAACUGAAAAUGUAGAACAAAAAAUAACAAUCUUCAGCGGGCAUGAUACCAAUGUUGCGUCACUUCUCUUCAUUUUUGGAGCGUACUAUCCUCAUAUGCCCGAAUAUUCAAGUAGUGUGAUGGUUGAAUUAAUAAAAUACGACUUUGAUUAUUAUGUUAGAAUACGUUAUUAUUUGGGGAUCCCGCAAGUAGUAAAGGAUAUUCAAAUUCCAGGAUGUGAUGUUUUUUGUCCAUUCAAUGAUUUUAUGGUUUUAAUGAAGAAUUUAAUAGCCACUGAUGUUGAAUUAAUGUGUAGCGAAAAAAGUUAAUGAGUUUACAAUAAAAGUUGUCUUCAAUAGAUAAAUUAAAAUAAA